UGAAGAUACUUCAAGUUCAAGGUGAAGAGUACUUUUAUAAUAACAUCUUCAGCUUUGUCGGCUGAGAUUUGUGAUUUGUAUCCCGAGCGGCGUGAACAGUAACCAGCCCAAUCUCCAUGGAUGGAGAAGACCAGAAACCAAAUCUGGAAUCACCAUUGAUUUCUCAAGAAGCUGUGUCUGUAUCCAGAAAUGGAGCAAAAAGAGAGGAGAUAUUGGGUGAAGUGAAGAAACAAUUGAAGCUGGCGGGGCCUUUGGUGUCAGUCAAUCUCCUACUAUAUAGCUUACAGGUGAUUUCAGUAAUGUUUGUGGGUCAUCUGGGAGAGCUAGCUCUCUCUGGUGCUUGCAUGGCCACUUCCUUUGCUUCAGUCACUGGCUUCAGCUUGAUGGUAGGAAUGGGAAGUGCAUUAGACACCUUCUGCGGUCAGUCAUUUGGAGCAAAACAAUAUCAUAUGCUUGGUGUACACAAGCAAAGAGCCAUGGUUGUGCUUCUAUUGGUUAGCAUUCCUGUUGCUUUUAUUUGGAAUAAUACUGGCCAUAUUCUUGCAUCAUUAGGACAAGAUCCAGAAAUAUCAGCUGAAGCCGGACUUUAUGCUCACUUUAUGAUGCCUAGCAUUUUCGCUAUUGCGCUUCUACAAUGUCAUAUUAGAUUCUUACAAGCUCAAAACAAUGUAGUUCCCAUGAUGAUAACCACAGGAUUCACAACUCUACUCCACACCCUCACUUGUUGGAUGUUAGUUUUCAAAUCAGGGUUGGGAAACAAAGGGGCUGCCCUUGCAAAUGCCAUCUCUUAUUGGAUUAAUGUCCUCUGGUUAGCAAUUUAUGUCAGGAUCUCCCCUUCCUGCAAGAAAACAUGGACGGGUUUUUCAAAGGAGGCAUUGCAUGAUGUGCUAAAGUUUCUCAAAUUAGCUAUUCCUUCAGCUAUAAUGCUAUGCUUGGAAAUCUGGUCAUUCGAAAUGAUGGUAUUGUUAUCUGGUCUGCUUCCUAAUCCAAAGCUAGAGACAUCAGUUCUAUCAAUCAGCCUUAACACAAAUACAGUACUUUAUAUGAUACCCCUUGGACUUAGUGGCGCAACAAGUACAAGAGUUUCAAACGAAUUAGGGGCUGGACGACCACAAGCAGCACUUUUAGCCGUGUAUGUUGCAUUAUUCAUGGUCGCCAUAGAAGGCAUUUUGGUAGCCACUGCCCUGAUCUUAGGACAUAACUUCUGGGGCUAUUCUUACAGUAGCGAAGAAAAAGUAGUGAACUAUGUUGGAGAAAUGAUGUUGUUGCUUGCAGGAUCCCAAUUUAUAGAUGGCAUUCAAUCAGUGCUUUCAGGCGUGGUUAGAGGAAGUGGCAAGCAAAAGAUUGGGGCUUUGGUUAACCUAGGAGCCUAUUAUCUUGCUGGAAUUCCAUCUGGUGCACUAUUAGCUUUCGUCUAUCAUAUUGGAGGAAAGGGACUCUGGACAGGAAUUAUAGUUUCACUCUUCAUGCAGGCAUUAUUUCUUGCAAUCAUAAUUCUUUGCACUAAUUGGGAGAAAGAAGCAAAGAAGGCUACGGAUAGAGUGUAUGACUCAAUGGUCCCUGUGAAUGCAAUAUCAUCGAGUUGACAUUGAAGUAAUAUUUCUUUCUAACUAGAUCUAUAAAAAUUAUGCUCAAUCUUGUUUGAUAAUUUAUAAUAAUAAAGGUAAUUUAUGACUAUAAAAUAAUUUGCUUUGAACAUGUAAGCCCUACUAGUUUGGAAUAGCUCAUGGUUGUUCUGUCUAGUGUUCUGGGAUUGUUCAUUUCCACUAAUGUAAUCUUAUAAGGUUAAUUUUGAUCAAGCAAUACAUUAAUACUUAAAACCAA